ACAGGUACAAUUAAUACACAGGGUGGCCUGCCGCCAUUACGACAUAACAAAGGCCUCAACCGAUAGGUCAUUCACAAACACACACCGUGUCCAGAACGGGCAGGCUUUCUCAGGUGAGUGUCCUGCCCUAAUCACAUGACCGAUCCUGACCAAUCAGAGCUCGCCGUGAUAUCUGUAGCACCCGUCCAGGAACCGAAGUCCGUCCCCUUCUAUAAAUACAACCAGCCGUCCCGGCCGCCCGAGCAGUUCAUGAGCUAUAACCGAGUUACUCCAGACAAAGAGCCGGAUCCUGGAAUGGCCUCUUACAACAUGCAGCAGCAGCAAGGCGGUUUCGUGAUGAAGGAAGACCGCGACAACAGGCCGAUCGGAUCGUACGAUGAGGAUGUUGGUCUUGGCUGUUGCGGCUGGGUUCUGACCAUCAUUUCCUACAUCAUAGUGCUGUGUACCUUCCCCAUUGCUCUCUGCAUCUGCAUAAAGGUUGUGCAGGAGUAUGAGCGAGCCGUCAUAUUCCGACUGGGCCGGCUGCUGCCUGGGGGAGCCAAGGGACCAGGCAUUUUCUUCAUACUGCCUUGUACUGACGACUACAAAAAGGUGGACCUGCGUACCAUAUCGUUUGACGUUCCCCCGCAAGAGAUCCUGACCAAGGACAGCGUGACGGUCUCGGUGGACGCCGUGGUGUACUUCCGCGUCAGCAACGCCACCAUCUCGGUCGCCAACGUGGAGAACGCCAACCAGUCGACCCGCCUGCUGGCCCAGACCACCCUGCGGAACAUCCUGGGCACCAAGAACCUGACCGAGAUCCUGUCGGACCGCGAGAACAUCAGCCACACCAUGCAGUCCCAACUGGAUGAGGCCACUGACCCCUGGGGCAUCAAGGUGGAGCGUGUGGAAAUCAAGGACGUGCGUCUGCCUGUUCAGCUGCAGCGCGCCAUGGCUGCCGAGGCUGAGGCUGCUCGUGAGGCUCGUGCUAAGGUCAUCGCUGCUGAGGGUGAGAUGAACGCUUCCCGCGCCCUGAAGGAGGCCGCUGACGUGAUCGCCAUGUCGCCCUCGGCCCUGCAGCUGCGUUACCUGCAGACCCUGACCAGCAUCUCCGCCGAGAAGAACUCCACCAUCAUCUUCCCCCUCCCCAUCGACCUCAUCAACAACAUGAUGAGCAAAAAGUAGAACGCCGCAGUUGAGGCACAUCAGUUAGAAGGCUCCUUCUGAUUGGCUGACAGGUGGAAAUGCGCUCGUUUACGUGGCCUCAACUGACCAAGGAAACCAUGUCUUGUAACUUGUGUGCCUUGACUGUAGGGAGGGGAGGGGUUUUACACAGAGGCAACAGUCAAAGGCUUUGGACUUCUUUCUCUGCAUUGGUGACAAAAUUCACACCCCCAUCCUCCAUACCUUUGAUAGUUUGCUCGAACUAUCGCCAUACAGAUGAACAGGGCAAAAAUGCUGUAGUGUUAAAACAUUCCUUACCUCACCAACAUAAAGAAUCUAUCAACCUCUAAUACAUUUAAAAAGUGCAGUAACUGUCAUGCUAUCAUAGCCACAAUACAGAGAAGAAAUCCACUAUCUUUACUGUCCAGGACUGGUGGUCUCUGUUGUUGAGUGUGUUGGCAGUUAUGUUCUCAGUCUACAUAUUAUACUGUAGGGAUGUAAACACUGUAGAAGUGAAAGAUAUAGUUUAAUGUAAUUAGUGACUUUCCAGAAGUAAAAUUUGUAACAUAGUCAUUCAAUACCUAAGGUUGGCAUGUGCCAGUGGUAGCAAAGUUGAAAUUUCGACAAAUUUAGGAUUUUUAAAGAAGAAUUUGUUUCAGCUUUCUUUUAAAAACUCAUGAAAGUGCUCCAAAAAGUUUUUUAAAAUUUUUUAUUGCAAUGGUGAUGAAGUUCAGGAGUGUAGUUAACUAAUCUUAGGUGUUGGAUGAUGAUACUACAUGUAUGACUGUAAUGUGAUCUCUUGACUUUGCUGCCAAAGAAUAUUCUAUCAGGCUAGUUCAGCUGUACUAAAGGAGUUUUAACUGGAAUAGAGAAAAAAAUUGCUUAUCUGUGAUUGCUGAAACAGUUGUACAUCUUUUGAAUAUGUGUUUGUUUGUGGUUCUUGAUUAUUUCUGUUGAAAUACAUGUAUAUCCAAGAGAGCACCUGUUUUACAUUCGAAUUCACUCGGUGUUUGUUCGAGAUUUCUUCGCUGUGUGCAGUGUACGUUUCUUAAAUUUCACUCGCCAAUGCAACCAAUGCAAGCUCAGUGAUUGUACUUGAUGUAGAAAACUGUUUGCUUUUGCCUGAAGUAUGAAGCACGUGCUAGGUUUUUCAUCCAUUUGUAACAGCUUUCUGAAAUAGAAUGAAUGGUAUUGCACUGCUUGUAAAGUCCGUCACUCUGAGAUUCAUGUGAAAAAAAUUGUCUGCAAGCAGCUUACUAGACAAGCUUAAAAGUUUUCUCUUCCUUGGUUGGGGUGAAGACUAGAGCCCUGUUGUAAAUGGUUUGUGUGUUUUUUUUUUUCACCUCAGAAGAUUUUGGGUAAUUUGAGAAUGUUGAAGGAGUACAUCUGGAAAAAAAUGUGGUACAACACGUAAAGUUUUGGCAAGUUGUGUAAAGUGAAUUUCUGUAUGCUUGUACAUAAUGCAUUCCAUAUUGACUCUGAAGGUAAUUAUAGAAAUUCGUUUUGGUGUAUGUUAUAUUCAAAAUACUAGACUAUAUAAUAUGACUGUUAUAUGAGCAGUUUUGUGAUUUGUAGUGUUGCUGAUUAACCAACAUUUUGCCUCCAUGGAAGCCAGAAAGUAUGGGCGUAGAAAUAAGACCUUGAAGCACAUACUUCAGUCAUUAUGUCACCUAAAAACAUAGAGCAGACGUGACAUGUAUAACGUCCUCAAAAAAGUGCUGGACAAUUAGGAACAUUCAACAGUUUACUCGUGCCAGGCAUACAACCCAAACUAUUCCGUAAUAAUUUACAAAAUAUCAUAUUUUCAACUGCAGUUUUCACUUCAGCAAUAUGGAUGCUGUUCUUGUUAGUUGUAUACUGAUCUUGUAGUGUUUUCGUAUCCAUGCAUUAUUGAUGUUUGGAUUGGAAAUAAAAAAUUAUAAAAGCCCA